CCCCCUCCUCGCCCGAUGGGCUGCACCGUGAGUUUGGUGUGCUGCGAGGCUCUGGAGCCCGGGCCCCGCGGCGUUCCCCAACCCCGUGGGAGCCCCCAGGUGCCUGCGCGGGCCGCGCACCGGGACCCAGGGUGGUCAGCCGGCGGCUCUGAGAGGAGGCGGCCGCUGCUUCAGCCAGAAGACCUGGAGGCCCCCAAGACACACCACUUCAAGGUGAAGACCUUCAAGAAGGUGAAGCCCUGUGGCAUCUGUCGACAGGCCAUUACGCGGGAGGGCUGCGUCUGCAAAGUCUGCAACUUCUCCUGUCAUCGGAAAUGCCAGGCCAAGGUAGCUGCCCCCUGUAUUCCUCCAUCCAGCCAUGAAUUGGUGCCCAUCACCACUGAAAGCGCACCGAAGAAUGUAGUGGACAUGGGAGAAGGAGCCUCCUGGGGUGGAAACACGCAGAAAAGCCUGGAGGAGGAGAGCUCCACCAGAGUCACUCCAAGUGUCCAGCUCCAGCCCCGGCCCAGCAGAAACGUGAGCGUGACCCGGACCAUGGAGGACGACUGUGAGCUGGACCUGGUGUACGUCACAGAGAGGAUCAUCGCUGUGUCCUUUCCCAGCAAUGCCAACGAGGAGAACUUCCGGAGCAACCUGCGAGAAGUGGCUCAGAUGCUCAAAUCCAAACAUGGAGGCAACUAUCUGCUGUUUAACCUCUCUGAGCGAAGAGCUGACAUCACGAAGCUGCAUGCCAAGGUACUGGAAUUUGGUUGGCCCGACCUGCACACCCCAGCCCUGGAGAAGAUCUGCAGCGUGUGCAAGGCCAUGGACACCUGGCUCACCGCAGACCCCCACAACGUUGUCGUCCUACACAACAAGGGGAACCGGGGCCGGAUAGGAGUGGUCAUCGCUGCCUACAUGCACUACAGCAACAUCUCCGCCAGCGCUGAUCAAGCCCUGGACCGGUUUGCAAUGAAGCGUUUCUAUGAAGACAAGAUCGUGCCCAUUGGCCAGCCAUCGCAGAGAAGGUAUGUGCACUAUUUUAGCGGCCUGCUCUCCGGCGCCAUCAAGAUGAACAACAAGCCCUUGUUUCUGCACCACGUGAUCAUGCACGGCAUCCCAAACUUUGAGUCUAAAGGAGGUUGCCGGCCGUUUCUGCGCAUCUACCAGGCCAUGCAACCCGUUUACACAUCUGGCAUCUACAACAUCCCAGGAGACAGCCAGACCAGCAUCUGCAUUACCAUCGAGCCAGGGCUGCUCUUGAAGGGAGACAUCCUGCUGAAGUGCUACCACAAGAAGUUCCGCAGCCCAGCUCGAGAUGUCAUCUUCCGCGUGCAGUUCCAUACCUGCGCCAUCCAUGACCUGGGGGUUGUCUUUGGAAAGGAGGACCUCGAUGAUGCCUUUAAAGAUGAUCGAUUUCCAGAAUAUGGCAAAGUGGAGUUUGUCUUUUCUUAUGGGCCAGAGAAGAUCCAAGGCAUGGAGCACCUAGAGAACGGGCCCAGUGUGUCUGUGGAUUACAACACCUCCGACCCCCUUAUCCGCUGGGACUCCUAUGAUAACUUCAAUGGACAGCGAGAAGAUGGCAUGGAGGAGGUGGUGGGACACACGCAGGGGCCGCUGGACGGGAGCCUAUACGCCAAGGUCAAGAAGAAGGACUCCCUGCAGGGCAACAGCGGGGCCGCCCACACCACACAUCCUGUCCUCUCUGCCACCCCCAACCACGUGGAGCACACACUGUCUGUGAGCAGUGACUCGGGCAACUCCACAGCCUCCACCAAGACCGACAAGACUGAUGAGGCUGCUCCCGGGGUCCCUGGCGCCCCUGCGGCCCUGAGUCCUGAAGAGAAGCGAGAACUCGACCGCCUGCUCAGUGGCUUUGGCUUGGAACGCGAGAAGCAAGGUGUCAUGUACCACAUCCAGCACCUGAGGUCCCGCCCAGCGGGGGGCUCCACUGAGCCCUCCACCUCCUCCUCCAGCCGACACAUUGUCCCUGCCCAGGUCCAUGUCAAUGGUGGGGCCUUGACCUCUGAGAGGGAGACAGAUAUCCUGGAUGAUGAACUGCCCAACCAGGAUGGGCACAGUGUGGGCAGCAUGGGCACACUCUCCUCCUUGGAUGGCAUUACCAACACCAGUGAAGGGGGCUACCCUGAGGCCCUGACACCCCUGACCAACGGCCUGGACAAGCCUUACCCUGGGGAACCCGUGGUCAAUGGCGGGGGCUACCCCUAUGAGGCUGCCAGUCGGGCAGCACCUGCCCAUGCUGGCCAUGCUGUUCCCGUGCGGCCCUCCUACUCCCAGGAGGGGCUUGCUGGCUACCAGCGGGAGGGCCCCCACCCAGCCUGGUCGCAGCCAGUGACCACCUCCCACUAUGGCCAUGACCCCAGCGGUAUAUUCCGCUCUCAGUCCUUUCCAGAAACCGAACCCCAACUGCCCCCAGCUCCAGCCCGUGGGGGCAGCAGCCGGGAAGCUGUGCAGCGGGGGCUGAACUCCUGGCAGCAGCAGCAGCAGCCUCGCCCACCAGCUCGCCAGCAGGAGAGCUUGAUGGCAGGCAGGCCCAGCCCCCAGCCACCUGCUGACACCCCCAGCCCUGGCCUGCCUGAAUUCCCAAGGGCAGCCUCACAACGGGAGAUUGAGCAGUCCAUAGAGGCACUCAACAUGCUAAUGCUGGACCUGGAGCCAGCUUCAGCUGCUGCCCCCCUGCACAAGUCACAGAGUGUCCCUGGGGCGUGGCCGGGGGCUUCCCCCCUCUCCCAGCCGCUGUCCGGCUCCUCCCGCCAGUCCCACCCACUCACCCAGUCUAGAUCCGGUUACAUCCCCAGUGGGCAUUCUCUAGGAAGCCCUGAGCUGGUCCCCCAGGCCUCUCUGGAACCCGUGACCCUGUGCAGAUCUCACUCGCCUUAUGAUUACCAGCCAUACACUGCUGGACCCAGCCAGGGCUUCCGGCUCAAGAAUCCAGCCUCUUCCUCCUCGUCUGCCUUCCUUCCAAAUGCCAGUGGCCUUCCGGGGCCUCAGCAGCCCCCAGCCUCUCUUCCUGGCCUCGCAGGUCAGCUUCAGCUCCCACCAAAGGAAGCCCAUGCAGAUCCCUCUCGAACUCCGGAGGAAGAGCCACUGAACCUGGAAGGGCUGGUGGCCCACCGGGUGGCAGCAUACAAUGCCAGGCUGCAGGGCAUGGGGCAGAGCUCCUGGUCCCCUCCUCUCCACCGGCUCCGAUCUGCCUCCAUUUCUGGGGUGCAGGCUCGGGAGAAGCAGCCUACUGAGCCUGCUGCUCCACUCCGGAGGCGGGCAGCCAGCGAUGGACAAUACGAGAACCAGUCUCCGGAAGCCACGUCACCCCGGAGCCCUGGGGUUCGCUCCCCCGUCCAGUGUGUCUCCCCUGAGCUGGCUCUUACUAUCGCCCUUAAUCCUGGAGGGAGGCCCAAGGAGCCCCACCUGCACAGCUACAAAGAGGCCUUCGAGGAGCUAGAGGGAUCCUCCCCAACCAGCACACCACCCAGUGGGGUACGCUCCCCUCCAGGUCUGGCGAAGACCCCAUUGUCGGCUCUGGGCCUGAAGCCUCACAACCCUGCGGACAUCUUGCUGCACCCCACAGGUGAGGAAGAUGAGGGAAAAGUGGUGGCCAAGCUUCCAGAAGAGCCCCGUAGCUACGUGGAAUCGGUUGCACGCACAGCAGUGGCUGGGCCCCGGGCCCAGGACCCUGAGCCCAAAAGCUUCAGCACCCCGGCUGCCCAGGCCUACGGCCCUGAUGUGCCCCUGCGGAAUGGGACCCUGGGUGGCUCCUUUGCCUCCCCCAGCCCUCUGUCCACCAGCAGCCCUAUUCUCACAGCUGACAGCACCUCCGUAGGGAGCAUCCCAUCAGGGGAGAACAGUGACCAGGGCCCCCGGACACCCACCCAGCCUUCGUUGGAUCCCGGCUUCCGUUCUGGCAACCUGGCACAGCCCGGACUGUCUGGCCGGAGGAGCCACCAGAGCUCGUCUCCUCUCCCAGCCACUGUGGGCAGUGGCUGCAGUCCUGACUACUCACUCCAGCAGCUGAAUUCGUCUCCGGAAAGCCAGGCACGGCCUCAGUUCAGUGUGGCUGGCAUCCACACGGUGCCAGGUAGCCCCCAGGCACGCCACAGGACAGUGGGCACCAACACUCCCCCUAGCCCUGGUUUCAGCCGGCGGGCCAUCAACCCCAGCAUGGCUGCCCCUGGCAGCCCCAGUUUAAGCCAUCGCCAUGUGAUGGGGCCACAGGGGCCCAGUCUCCAUGGUAAUGUGGUCGCCAGCCCCCACUCAAGCAGUGCAGCAACCACUCCAGGGAGCCCCAGUCUGGGCCGGCACCCUGGGGUCCACCAGGGCAACCUCACCUCCGGUCUCCAUGGCAACGCAGUGGGAAGCCCUGGAAGCCCCAGCCUGGGCCGGCACCUGGGAGGGUCUGGAUCUGUGGUUCCUGGCAGCCCCAGCUUGGACCGGCACGUGGCCUAUGGUGGCUACUCUACGCCUGAAGACGGGAGACCCACACUGUCCCGGCAAAGCAGUGCGUCCGGCUACCAAGCUCCUGCCACGCCCUCUUUCCCCGUCUCCCCUGCCUACUACCCAGGCCUGAGCAGCCCUGCCACCUCCCCGUCACCGGACUCUGCAGCGUUCCGGCAAGGGAGCCCCACUCCAGCCUUGCCAGAGAAGCGGAGGAUGUCAGUGGGGGACCGAGCCGGCAGCCUCCCUAACUAUGCCACCAUCAAUGGCAAGGUGUCAUCCUCGCCUGUGGCCAGCGGCAUGUCCAGCCCCAGUGGCAGCAGCACUGUGUCAUUCUCCCACACUCUGCCUGACUUCUCCAAGUACUCCAUGCCAGACAACAGCCCUGAGACACGAGCCAAGGUGAAGUUUGUCCAGGACACUUCCAAAUACUGGUACAAGCCUGACAUCUCCAGAGAACAGGCCAUCGCACUUCUUAAGGAUCAGGAGCCAGGGACCUUCAUCAUCCGUGACAGCCACUCCUUCCGGGGGGCCUACGGGCUGGCCAUGAAGGUGUCUUCCCCACCUCCAACCAUCAUGCAACAGAACAAGAAAGGGGACAUUACCCAUGAGCUGGUGAGGCAUUUCCUGAUAGAGACCGGCCCCAGAGGAGUCAAGCUCAAGGGAUGUCCCAAUGAGCCGAACUUUGGAUCUCUGUCUGCUCUGGUUUAUCAGCACUCCAUCAUCCCACUGGCUCUGCCCUGCAAGUUGGUCAUUCCAAACCGAGACCCCACAGAUGAAUCAAAAGAUAGCUCUGGCCCCGCCAAUUCAACCUCUGACCUGCUAAAGCAAGGAGCUGCCUGCAAUGUGCUCUUCGUCAACUCUGUGGACAUGGAGUCCCUCACAGGGCCACAGGCUAUUUCCAAAGCCACAUCUGAGACGUUGGCUGCUGACCCCACGCCAGCUGCCACCAUUGUUCACUUCAAGGUGUCUGCCCAGGGAAUCACACUGACGGAUAACCAGAGAAAGCUCUUCUUCCGACGACACUAUCCCCUCAACACUGUCACCUUCUGUGACCUGGAUCCACAACAAAGAAAGUGGAUGAAAACCGAGGGCGGUGCCCCUGCUAAGCUCUUCGGCUUUGUAGCCCGGAAACAGGGCAGCAGCACUGACAACGCCUGCCACCUCUUCGCUGAGCUUGACCCCAACCAGCCGGCCUCUGCCAUUGUCAACUUUGUCUCCAAGGUCAUGCUGAAUGCCGGCCAGAAGAGAUGAGCUCCCCGGCCCAUGCCCAGGGCCAGGGCAGUUGGGUCUGGGGUGUGUGGGGAGGGAGCAAACCCACGAAUCUUGACCACCCUGGAAUCCAGAAGGAGGACUUUGGGCUGAUUUUGGAGAAGGAGAGAAGAAAGUGCAACAUGGGGAGAGGGAAGUGAAUUGCAGAGAGAGGGGAGGAGAGAGAACGCAAAACACCGAGGAGAAGAACUCACAUUCCCCCGGGGAGAUGAAGACUGCCAAUCUCCCGUGCCUCCCAGAUGGUGGCACCAGGGCUCCCAGCUGCACACCUGCCACUCACCCUGCUUUCCAAGAAUGGAGCUCCACCUGGAGCCUGCCAGCCUCCUUAAGAAUCCACCUCCAGGGGAGUGAAGAGUCUCCCGUCCCUCACUCAACAGCUCUGCAAGGAGAGAAAAAUCUUACCCUUCCCUGGCCACCUGUAGAGUGGGUUGCUGAUCCAGACCCACCAGAGGUGGCAGAACCUUUUCACUGACAAGUGUCUUGGACCCAAGGCCUUGUGGCCCCUCUGUUGUGCCUCUGACACAUUGUGUGGGUGCUCAGGUGUCUGCAGUCACACAUCCUCACCUCUUGGCCUAGAGUGGCCUGCAGCAGCUGGAACCUGUGUCUGUCUCACGUGUUUGCACGCAUACAUGCGUGCUGUCCAAAGAAAUUUAGGGCCUUAGGGUAACCAGGCAGUGGGGAAGGGACACAGCUGUCCUUAGUAGGAGCACCCAAGGGUGCUUCCUGCCCUCUGCUGGCCCUGGGUGCCACCAGUCCUUUCUCCCUUAUUUCCCCUCUGGGAGCUGGAGCUUUGGAGAGAGUGAACAUAUGUGUGGCCUUGGGGAAGGCUGUCUGGAAGGGCUCAGCUGAGCUGCAUGCAUUUUUUUUUUUUUGAGCUGCAUGCAUUUUUGCUGAGUUUGUGGUUCACAGUGAGGUGGGCAGGUCACUGCCACCUACGCCCAGCACCCUGCCUUAGCUCCCCCCAUCAGUCCCAUCCUUGGGCUUCAUGCCCAGAACUGGCCUUAUAUCUGACUUGCUUCUUUGCAUGAUGCCUUUUAGGGGCUGGCUGUGGGUUGAACUUCUCUUCUCUGCCUUGCCCUAUUCUGCCCCUGUGUGGGGCUCUGCUGCCCAAGGCCCUGCUUGGCCAGGCUCCCCUGGGGAGAAGCCUGCAGACUUUGCUCUCCCCUCUGUCACUCUGGCGGAGCCUGCUUCUAUCUGGGGUGCCGUGAGCACCCUGCAUGGCCUGCCUGUAACACCAAAGCCUUGCCAUGGGGCCAUGCUGCCCAAGGAACAGGGGCAGAAGGCGUGCACUGGGGCCCCCGAGAGCCCGAGGUCCACCUACAAUAGAAACUCACCAGGACUCCAUUCUUAAGCCUGUGGUGUCCCUGAGAGUGAGGCAUCGACUGAUAUAUAAAUAUAUAUAAUAUAUAUUUGAGACAUACUAACAGAUCUGUAAGCUAAUAAAAUAUAAGAAAAGAUUAAAAAAAGAGAGAGAAAAUAGGUAAAUUUCCCGGAAGUAUUUAUUGUUCCCUACAUUGCUUUUUUUUUUUUUUGCCUUCCUGGCCAUGAACCAACUCCAGUCCCUUUGAAUCUGUUAAGUCAUGAGACCUAGGAGGCCGUGCUCCUUGGGCCAGUCACGGUUCUCCUUGCCCUGGCCUUGGUCUCCCACAGGCUCUAUCUGGAGCCCAGCGGUCAGUUCCCAGGGUGUGGUGGGGAGAGCUUCCCCGUCCCCAUGGCCUCUGUGAGCAUGAGAAUGGCAGGGGAAGGAGAUGGGUGCACGUGGCAGAUGCGAAAAUGGACGUGUGUGUGUCUCAAAUUUCUCCUCCAGGGAGCUGUAUCUGUGUGGACGUUGUGUUUCAAGGAGCUGGAGAGUGUCUGAAAUGGGUUGGGGUGGGAAGACCCCACUUCCCCAACAGUGAGGUCCCCCAAAGUGCUCUUCCUUCUGAGAUGUUCCACCCCAAUGCCCUGCUUGGCCCCUCCCCUAAUCCCUUCCCUAGUCACAUUGUAAAUAUCUUCAUAUUGUCUGCUGCCAGGUGGCCUGUUCAGGCUGGAGGCUGCCUGGCAUCUACACCUGGGCCCUGGGAUCUGAAGGUGGGCUCUGCAAUUGCACCUAUUUUCCCACCUCUUCACCACCCACCAGCAAACACCCACCCCUGCCACUGUGGGGCCUGAGCUGCGAGGGAGGUUUCCCAAACUUGCCUUGGCUUGGCCAGGAAAGCCACUGGGAAGGGGACCCCAGCUCAGAGCAGUCUCACUGCACCUUUGGGCCUGGCAUCCCUCACCUCAGAGGUGAGCCCAGGGGACACAGAUGCACACACGUAUGGGUACACAUGCCAUCACGCAGCACCACAGUCUGUUCUUGCCAAAGAUUUCCUCAAACAGAAAGCACUUUGUAUUGAUUGUUAGUACUUUGUAAAAAUGUGUUAAGUUGUUCUUCCCUGCAUGUGUGUUGCUAUUGUUGAAUUUUGUUUGUCAGUUAUGGAACUUGGCUUGGGUAGAAGGGGUGGCAGAGACCCUGCCAAGUAAGCCCUGUCUCCCCAAGCUGCUCUCAUGUGUCCAGAGGGAGGAGGUGAUCCUAGAGGAAAGUGGGGAACAAAUGAGCUAUAACGGGGGCAGAGGAGGGGUAGGGUGACUAAGAUGUUCCCACAUGCCACAAGGCAUCCUGGCUCCUUUCUCCAACCAGAAUUGGGAGGACAGCGACCUCAAGUGCUAGGUUUGGGAAGGGCCUUCUCUCCCAUCUCAUCCAAGCCUGGAAAAGCUGGGACUUGUGCCUGAGCAGUUGCUGGGUGUGUCAGGGACUAGCAAGCACGGCAGCGAUGGGCCCAGUAGAGGCUUUCGGGAGACAGGACGACAGGCUGUUCUCACACCUCACCCUGAUGGACCAGAGUGGUGUGAGCAGGGACUCCUCGUGUCCCCCAGGGGUGCAGAGGGCUCAGGAAACAUGAGCAGCAUCUUCCCUCCCACUGGGCUCUCUUCUUCCUCCUAGGUCUUCUGCCCCUUAUUUGGUUUUGCCCCAAUUUCAGCACCUGGGUAGAUCACAUGGGCAAUGCCUCAGCCACAGGAGGCAGCUGCCGCCCAGCCCACCCUACACUUUGGGUAACUGAUGCGGUGGAGGCCCACCUCUUGCUCCAAGACCAGGUCCCAUAGCACUGAGACCCUGGACCAAUGGGAACCUAGGAUGUGUGUGUGUGCAAGUGUGGAUGUGUGUGUGUAUUUUGCUCACUCCUUUAGGGAAGUUGGCAGUGGGGGGUCACAAGGUGAUGAGGAAUUGGAUGGUCGAGUUCAACAUCCCGGGGCCAAGAAAGGGAAAGGGAGGCGGGGCCUGUAGGGCAGCUGUUAGGCCCAAGGCUUAGUGAGGCUUGGACGCCUGUGCUCUUCUCUAGCCCCUCCUCUUCAGAUGUCUACCUUGUUGCCUUAAUGGGUUUUUGUGGGAGGAUGCCCCAAGUUUGGUUUCUUAAUCAGUGUUCACAUGGUUUGACACUCCCCUGUGUGCCCAUUCUGGGUUCGUGUGUAUGUGUGUGAGUGAGAGAG